AUGGCGGUGCUGAUCAAGAAGCAAUGUGAUCAAAAGCUGCUCAUUCGAAUGAAAACUGAAUGCGUACCUUGCUCUUUAAACCUCGAAACCCAGUGCCCUGCUGGUUACACCAAAAUUACCAAUGGGACUGGGAUACCAGAUUGCAGGUAUUAUCUAGAAAUUAAAACACACACACUUUUUUUCCCGGGAUGUCGGCAUCAUUGUAUAAAGGAAUUUGAACAACCUGAGUGCUGCCAGGGACACUGGGGCCCAGACUGCAUGGCCUGUCCGGGAGGAGCUGCAUCACCAUGCAACAGGAGAGGACGCUGCUCCCAGGGUAUAGAUGGGGAUGGAACGUGCACUUGUCAGAAAGGCUUUGGUGGGACAGCCUGUGAAAAAUGUGCUGAAGAUAAUUUAUUUGGUCCUCACUGCACAUCAGUUUGUGACUGCGUUCAUGGAGUAUGCAACAGUGGAAUUACAGGGGAUGGAAGAUGCACUUGCUUGUCUGGAUACAAAGGGCUCAGCUGUGAUCAGCCAAUACCUGAAUGCGAGGCCUUGCGGUGCCCUGCAAACUCCAGAUGCACUGCCUCAGGCAAGGAUGGAAAACAACUGCAAUGCACAUGUCUGCCCAACUACCACGGGGACGGUACACAAUGUGAACCUAUCAACCCAUGCUCCAAAAAGGUCUGCGAUCCUAAUGCCGACUGCAUUUACCUUGGACCAAAUCAGCACACAUGUACCUGUCGAGAAGGUUACAGAGGGGAUGGUCAAGUCUGCUUACCCAUAGACCCCUGCCAACUAACAUAUGGGAAUUGCCCUGCACGGUCUACCAUUUGCAUAUAUGAUGGUCCAGGAAAGUCCCACUGUGAAUGCAAGGAGCAUUACACAAACUUUGUACCUGGGAAAGGAUGCAGCAUGAUGGACAUCUGUGAAACAAACAACACCUGCCAUAAAAAAGCUAAAUGCUCAACGGUUGCACCAGGACAGAUUACGUGUACAUGCCAGGGGGGCUCCGUGGGCAAUGGGUUUGUGUGCUAUGGAAACAUCAUGGAGCGCCUCCAGGACAUGAAUGCCGAAGUAGGGGGACGGUGGCAAGGCAAGCUGACAUCCGCCUUAUUGCUCAUGGAAAAUGUCUAUGAAUGGCCGCUGAGUACUCUGGGACCAUUUACCGUGCUUGUACCAACAAACAAGGGGCUCAAAGGUACCAAUAUAAAGGAUCUUCUGAAUAAUAAACAGAAAGCACAGUACUUCGUGAAACUCCAUGUAAUUGCUGGUCAGUUAAAUACCAAUAGUUUGAAUAGCACCAAUGUAAUAUAUACUUUGACUGGCAAGGCAGGAGAGAUAUCAAAGGGAGAAAAGGAUAAUCAGUUAAGAAUUGGACUCCAAGGAGGAAGGAAAAAAGGAAAACUUUUGCAGGGAAAUAUUAUUGCUUCCAAUGGGAUUUUGCACAUUAUUGACAAAGCCAUGGACAACAUGGACCCAACAUUUGAAAGCAGCAAAGAGGAAACCAUAAUGUCACUACUUCAAGAUAAUGGAAGAUACAGCCAAUUUACAUCUUUGAUAGAGAAAACUGGCCUGGGAAUGGAUUUACAGCAGGACAACAGACCUCAUACAGUAUUUGUUCCAAGUAACGAGGCUCUGAGUAAUAUGAAAGCUGAGGCUCUGGACUACCUGCUUUCUGCAGAGGGUUCAUGGAAGCUGCUGGAGCUGGUUCGAUACCACAUUGUUUCCAACACUGAGCUAGAGGUUGCCAGCCUCGUCUCAAUAGAGCACAUCAGAAGCAUGGCAAAUCAGUUCAUUUACUUUAACAGGACCAGCACUGGACAAGUCUUGGUGAGUGGAGAAGAAAUGGAAGAAACAGAUAUUGUUGCAAAAAAUGGUCGCAUUUAUACUCUUGCAGGAGUCCUUAUCCCACCCACAAUUUUUCCAAUUCUACCGCAUCGGUGUGAUGAGACAAGAAGUCAAGUUGCAAUGGAACCAAAGUGUUGCAAAGGCUUCUUUGGCCCUGACUGCAGUCCGUGUCCAGGAGGUUUCUCCAAACCCUGCUCAGGAAACGGGCAGUGCAUGGAUGGCUUGGGUGGAAAUGGGACCUGCAUUUGUGCUGAGGCAUUUCACGGCUCACGCUGUCAGUUCUGCUCAGACCCUGGCAAAUACGGACCUCAGUGUGACAAAGAGUGCCUCUGCAUUUAUGGGAAGUGCAAUAACCGAAUAGACAGCGACGGGAUCUGUGUUCCUGGGUCAUGCAGAAGUGGAUACACGGGGAAACUCUGUGAUAAGCAGAUUGUUCCCUGCGAGCCCUCCCUACGGCUCUGCCACGCACAUGCGGACUGUCAGCUUAGCGAUGGUGCAGUGAGCUGUGUUUGCAAACCCGGUUACGAGGGAGAUGGCAUGAGCUGCAGCAAAAUUGAUCCUUGUGCCACUUUAAACCCAGGUGGCUGUAAUAUCAACGCCGAGUGCAUUCAGACAGGCCCAGGAGAGCACACGUGCGUUUGCCAGGCAGGAUGGACAGGCAAUGGAAAGGACUGCUCAGCCAUCAACAACUGCCUGCUGCCCACCACGGCGGGGUGCCAUGAAAAUGCCACCUGCAUAUACAUUGGGCCCGGUCAGAAUGACUGCAAGUGUAAGGAUGGAUUUCAGGGGAACGGAAUUGAAUGCACACCCAUAAACUCAUGCCUGGAACAAAAUGGAAAAUGCCAUCAUCUGGCAACUUGUCAGUUUGAGUCUUCACAUGGCUGGGAGUGUGUGUGCCCAAAGGGCUACGAAGGAGAUGGUAGAAUAUGCUAUGGAAACGCUGCAGAAGAAUUAUCUACUCUGUCAGAAGCAGCUGCAUUUAACCAAUGGGUUAAUGAGGCUGAGAUAAACUCUGUGUUGUCCACCACCUCAAACCUAACUGUCCUCGUGCCUUCUCUUCAAGCAAUUGAAAACAUGGAUGAAGAUGAGAAAGCCUUUUGGUUGUCAAAAAGUAACAUCCCAACUCUACUGAAGUAUCAUGUAUUGACAGGAGCUUACAGCUUUGCUGAUUUCCAGAAUUUAUCAUCCUCCGACACGCUGCCAACAUCUCUACAGAGCAACUUCCUACACUUGUCUAAAGAAAAUGGGAACCUCACCCUCGAGGGCGCUCGCAUUGUGGCUGGCGACAUCGCAUCCACAAACGGGAUCAUACAUGUUAUUGAUAAGGUUCUGACCCCCCUCCGCAGCACCGUCAUGCCGAGGCUGCUGGCCCGCCUAGAGCAAAUGCCCGAUUACUCCAUUUUCAGAGGCUACGUUAUUGAAUACAGCCUGGCAAGUGAAAUAGAAGCUGCAAACACAUACACAGUCUUUGCCCCAAAUAAUGAUGCCAUAGAAAAUUACCUAAGGGAUAAAAAGUCUGCUACUCUGGAUGAAGGCCAAAUCCGCUAUCACAUUGUGCUGGAUGAGAAGCUCCUGAAGAACGACCUGCACAACGGCAUGCACAGGGAGACCAUGCUGGGGUUCUCCUACCAGGUUGGGUUCUUCCUCCACAACAGCCAGUUAUUCAUAAACGAUGCACCUAUAAGCUAUACAAAUGUUGCAACAGACAAAGGAAUUAUUCAUGGUUUGGGAAAAGUCCUGGAAAUCCAGAAGAAUAGAUGUGAUACAAAUAACACCAUGAUCACCGUAAGUGGCUCUUGCACAAGUUGUCCACAGCCAUCAAGUUGUCCCCCAGGAACAAAAGAAAUAGCAGGGGAGAAGAAAUACUGCAUCCUCUCGGAAAACAACAUGAGAACGUACACCAUCCAGAUCGGGUGCCAGCUGAAGUGUGCCAAAACCAUCAUUACCAGGGAGUGCUGCGCAGGUUUCUUCGGACAGCAGUGCCAGCCCUGCCCAGGGCAAGCAGGGAACGCCUGCUUCGGAAACGGCAUCUGCCUGGAUGGCAUCAACGGCACAGGCGCCUGCGAGUGCGGAGAGAGGUUUGUUGGCACAGCCUGCGAAAGCUGCAUCGAAGGCAAAUACGGCCGCAACUGCGAUCAAGUGUGCACUUGCGUCCAUGGGAAAUGCAGCAGCGGGAUUGACGGGGACGGCUCCUGUGAAUGUGAUGUUGGCUGGAGAGGAGUAACAUGUGAGACUGAAAUCAAAGAUGAUGAAUGUAACGCCUCAUGCCAUACCAGUGCUAACUGCCUUCUCCUAUCAAAUAGCACUGCCUAUUGCAAGUGUGCAGCUGGGUUCGAGGGGAACGGCACGUUCUGCACAGCUAUUGAUGCUUGCAAGACCAACAACGGUGGCUGUUCUGCCAAAGCAGAGUGCAAAAGAACAACUCCUGGCAAUAGAGCGUGCAUUUGCAACGCUGGGUACACUGGAGAUGGAAUAGUCUGCAUCGAAAUCAACCCUUGUCUGGAGAACAACGGUGGAUGCGAUAGAAAUGCAGAAUGCACACAGACUGGACCCAAUCAAGCAGUAUGUAAUUGCUUGAAGGGAUACUCUGGAGAUGGUAAAAGAUGCACAUAUAUCAAUCUCUGUUCACAAAAUAAUGGAGGCUGCAGUGAAUUUGCCAUUUGUAAUGACACUGAGCUGACAGAAAGGACCUGCACCUGCAGACCCAACUACGUUGGGGAUGGAUUUAAGUGCCGAGGCAAUAUCUUCCAGGAACUUCUCAGGAACUCCAACACAUCUAGGUUUUAUUUCCACUUAGAGGCCUUGUCUAUCAGAGAUAUUGCAGGUCCUGGCCCUUUCACUCUGUUUGUACCUCACACAGAUGUACUAAACAGCGACUCACGAGUCAAGGACUGGAUUGCCAAAGGAGUGAUGGCUCAAGUCCUCCGGUACCAUAUGGUAGGUUGUGCCAGUCUGCUGUACAGUGACCUGACGACAAUCACUAAUGUCACCUCUCUCCACGGGGACCCAAUACACAUCAGCUUCUCUCAGAACUCGCUGUUUUUGAACAAUAAAGCUGAAAUUAUACUCAGCGAUGCUGUUGGCACAAAUGGCGUGAUCCAUAUGAUAAAUGAAAUUCUGGUCCCAUCACAUAUGCAAGAUUUCCCCCUUAAGAAGGUAUGUGAAAGCCUUAAAAUGGUUGCAGUCAGACAUGGGUACAUCCUGUUCAGCAGUUUGUUAGAGAAAAACAACCUGCUUGAGCUGAUCAACGAUCCUAUUCACAAACCCGUCACGCUCUUCUGGCCCACAGACACAGCUAUCCGUGGGCUGCCACAGGAGCAGCAGGACUUCCUCUUCAGGAAGUCCAACACUGACAAACUGGUGCAGUACCUCAAAUUCCACAUUGUCCGUGACGCUGCGGUGAUGGCCUACCAGUUGCCUGUCUCCACCUCACUGAAGACCCUGCAGGGCUCCAACCUCAGCAUUAGCUGUGGGGAUAACAGGGACAUUGGUGCCCUUUUCCUGAACGACAGACAGUGCAAGAUAGUGCAGCGGCAGCUGGAGUUUGACGGGGGCAUCGCCUACGGCAUCGACUGCCUGCUGACGGACCCCAGCCUGGGGGGACGCUGCGACAGCUUCUUCACCGCGGAUUUCAUGACGAACUGCUCCGUGGUCAUCCAGACGGCCAAGUGCUGCAAGGGCUACUUCGGGCCAGACUGCCAAGCUUGCCCAGGGGGCCCAGAGAACCCGUGCAAUAACCACGGCUCCUGCGACGAUGGGUACGCCGGGACAGGAGAGUGUCACUGCCACAGCGGCUUCAACGGGACUUCGUGUGAGCUGUGUUUGCCAGGCAGAUAUGGAUCCAGCUGCAGGCCCUGUGAAUGCAAGACCAACGGGGAGUGUGAUGAAGGAUAUUCAGGAACAGGACGAUGCUUCUGUGAAACAGGAUGGACUGGUCAGCUGUGUGAAACCAAGCUAGCUCUGCCACCAGUGUGUUCCCCGAGCUGCUCCGCCAACGCUGUCUGCAUGGAGAACAACACGUGUCAGUGCAAGCCGUUUUACAACGGGGACGGGUUGACGUGCACAGCUGCAGACCUUUGCAAACAAAACAACGGUGGGUGCCACAAGGCAGCCGAAUGCACGCAGCUCGGGGUGAAAGUCUACUGUACCUGCCAGAAAGGAUACAAAGGCGAUGGCUUUACAUGCCUUCCAAUAAAUCCUUGCGCCGAUGGGUUCAACGGAGGCUGCCACGAGCAUGCCAUUUGCACUGUCAUAGGACCUGACAAACGCAAGUGCGAAUGUAAAAGUAACUACAUUGGUGAUGGGCUGAACUGCUCGGUGAUGCAGCUUCCUCUCGACCGCUGCUUGCAAGACAACGGGCAGUGCCACCCCGACGCUGACUGUGCCGAUCUCCACUUCCAAGAUACCACGGUUGGAGUUUUCCAUUUACGGUCCCCACGAGGGCAGUACAAAAUGACUUACGAGAAGGCAAAGGAGGCCUGUGCCAAUGAGUCAGCCACCAUCGCUACAUAUAACCAGCUGAUGUAUGCGCAGAAGGCGAGGUACCACCUGUGCGCUGCUGGCUGGCUAGAUGGUGAAAGAGUGGGCUACCCAACUGCCUUCUCCUCCCCAAACUGCGGGUCCGGGUACGUCGGCAUUGUGGACUACGGGAGAAGAGCCAACCUGAGUGAAACCUGGGAUGUCUUCUGCUACAGGGAGAAAGAGGUGAACUGCACCUGCAAGCCAGGCUACGUGGGGGAUGGCUUCUCCUGCAGUGGGAACUUGCUGGAAGUGCUGAUGUCCUUCCCAACGCUGACAAACUUCUUGUCGGACAUCAUGGCUUACUCCAACAGCUCUAGGAAGGGGAGAGAGUUCCUGCGGUACCUCACGGACCUGUCAGUGCACGCCACCCUCUUUGCUCCAAACAACAGCGGGUUAAGGGAAAAUGAGACGCUUGCCGGGCGAGACAUCGAGUAUCAUUUAUCUAAUGCCAGCAUAAUGUUUUAUGAGGACUUGACCAACGGAACCACUCUUCUAACUCGUCUAGGGGAAAAACUCCUCAUUACAAACACCAGGGGCCAGGAUUCUCUCAAGCCAAGAGAGAUCAGAUAUGUGGACAGAAGUGCUAUUGUUGAGUGGGAUAUAAUCGCUUCCAACGGGAUAAUCCAUGUCAUUUCAGAGCCUUUAAAGGCUCCGCCAGCACCUGUAACUCUGUUCCAUGCAGGUACUGGGACAGGAAUAUUCUUUGGCAUCUGCCUGGUUACUGGAAUUGUGGCUUUCAUUGGAUAUUCUUACCUCAGGUUCAGGAAGAAGAACACAAGCUUCCAGCACUUCAAGUCAAAAGAUGACACUGACGUAACAUCACUGGACAAGUCACAGCCUUCAAAUAUCACCAGCCCCUCAUACGAAAGUUCUUCUGUACUCACUCCACCAGAACCUACUUAUGAUCUUUUCUCAGAUUCGGAUGACCAGCAGCUUGUGAUGAGUGGUCCUCACGAUCAGAAUUAA